CGGGGGUGUUAUAGUGAAACAAAUGACUCUUGUACGGUUUUUUCUCUUACCGAAGGGGUUCUUACAAGCAAUUGUUUCUAAUUGCCUGGUAUGUUAAACAACCCUUAUCGCACCUCACCCCGUAUAGAGAAAAUCAAUAUGACUUGCUGCACUGUUUUGAUUGUGAGGACGCACGCGUCGUCGCGACGCCUCCGGGAUUCCGGGAGACGCUUCCAUAUUAAUCCGGACUGUUUCCUGACUGUUCUCUCUUGGAAAAUCUGUUUAUUUUGGUGCAUUUUACUUGGAUUAAUUUGAAGUAGACUUGAGAGGGAGGAGGGGGAAGAAAUGUGGAGCGCCGUGGCGCCGGACGACGCCCGCGCCCCGACGCCCUCCGCCCGCGCCAAACACAGCGCCACCGUCCACGGGGAGCACGUGUACGUUCUGGGGGGACGUAACGGGAAUUUGCCGCUGAAGGAUUUUUGGAAAUACAAUUUAGUUACAGGUAAAUGGCAACAGCUGAAACCUUCGGGUGACCUUCUACCGUGUCUCCAAGAGCACACCGCCGUACCCUACAAGGACAACAUAUUCGUCUUCGGUGGUGAGGUCAGUUUCUCCACCAGCACCGAAACCCCUUUGUGGGUCUACAAUGUGAAAAGCAACAGUUGGAAGAAGGUUAAAACGAAAAAAGGUGUGACCACCCCUAAGGGACGUAGAGGACACACCGCCCUGAUCCAUAACGGUUCCAUGCUGAUUUACGGGGGUUAUCAGGAUCUACGGGGGUCCACUGGGGAACUGUGGGCCUUCCACUUUGAAACCGAGUCGUGGCAUUUGGUUUCUACCCCUCCCAGUAAGAUGGGGGAUCAGUUUCCUGCUCCUAGGCAUAAGCAUUCUGCUGUGGUGCACGGUGAGGCCAUGUGGAUCUACGGGGGAAUGACCGACUUGCAGGAACGGGGUGACCUCUGGAAAUGGGACUUUUACACUAAAACCUGGACGAAUAUAAAGACGAAAUUGAAUCCGGGACAGUUGCACAGUCACGCUUGCUGUAAAUUGCCCUCGUCUAUGGUUGUGUUCGGUGGGGAGAGGAGUGGGCAGUGCCUAAACGAUUUAUGGAAGUUUAAUUUUGAUACAGAAAGUUGGGAGAAAAUUGUAAUAUCCGGCCUAAAACCCCAGCCCAGAUCAGAAAGUAAGGCCUUCAUUGUAUCAGAGCUGCUCCUCAAAGGAUCCUCAAAGGCCUCCCUGGAAGAGAAAUCGGUGAGGAUCAGAGCGAGGACUUGCAAUUCGGCUGACAGAGGUAACAGACAUUCUUCCUACUUGCCGAACAAUCGGGUGGCACCCUGCGAAAACACUUACGUCUUUGAACCGUCACAUUUGAAUUAUACUGAUGGGAGCAACUUGGCUCAGCAGUACUCCGAACCGAACCGUCCACAAAAGACCAGUUUUUUGCAGGAAAUCUCGAAGUUAUCGCAGUUGAACAUCUCCAGGAUGAACAACAAAUGCAACUACACCAUUUUGGCCAAAGGAAAAACCACCGAUAGCACCGAGAGUUUGUUGAAACAACGAAUAAGUCCUCAGCAGGAGAUCAACACCUCUUUGGCGGGAUCUACUGAAUUGUCGGCCACCCCAUCUAGAGGUACCCUGGUUAAGUCAAAAUCGGCCUACGCGAUAAAAAAGAAGUACCACGACCACUCAAACUCCUCCGAUGACGAGCAGAAAGAAACCACGCGAAAGAAACGGGUCGAGUUCGACAGUACCGUGAAGAAAAUCCCCCGUGAGCCGAUCUCGGUACCAAACUUCAGCGUGUUGACCCUGCCCACUCCCGUUUUGACCCCCGUAGAGGCCUCCAAGUUAGUUUACUUGACCGAUGAGGAGACCGACAUUGACCAGGUACUUCGGGAGAGAACCGUCGCUGAGGUGGUUCAAGAUUUCCCUGAUGGUGGUGGUGAGUACGAGAACCUACAGCCCCCGACGUCAUUGAAAAGAGGCGACAGCUACAGUUCGCACUUGGGUUAUGCGGAUAAUCCCUUGUAUCAGGAAUUGAUCCAGGAGAAAUCGGUGGAGAACGUGUCUUCCACAUCGGACUAUUGCAGUAUUGAGACCGUGAACCGGUUGUCUUCCGCUAGUAGUUAUAGUGUCAAAACUAACACGCCUCAGGAGGAGGUUUUGAAGAGUAAGGAGGCCAUUAAGGACGGCAUGUUCGGCUUCUGCAACCCCAACUACAUCGGCCCCGCGGUAAAAUCGAUGCUGACGAACGAAGAAAAGAAGGCGAUCAAGAAAAUGCUCUUGAAGCCGACCGAAGAGGAGGAGGAGGUGCUUGAACUCUCCAGUUACAACGGGAUCCUGGACGAUAACACGAAAGUGAUCUACAGACACUCGUCGAGAUCGGUACGACCCUGGAACCUGCCGUUGUCGAGUAAAAGCAACAAAAUCAGGGCGCACAGUGCGGGACGUGCGGAAAAAACGAAAAUUAAAGCAGAGGAGCGUACUAAGGGUCACGAGGAGCGUAUCGACCCUUUUGUACCCCUGUACGUUUACGUGGUGGGGGGUAAGGAGCAGGGUCACGUGACCGUGUUUCAACGCCCCCUCUCCAUUUGGAGAUUGAAGCUUUUUUGAGUCAAAUCCCAAAAUGAUUUAAAUCCCAGUGCCAAAAUGUAGCAGUAUUACGUGACUGAAAUCCCCUCACCCUGUCCCUCCUGCUCUCGUUGAAGACUUAAAACUAGAAUGUAGUUUGUACUUUUGUAGUUAGCUCAAAUGGUUUGUAAUAGGCGAUUAGGCAACAAGAUUUAUAACGUCCAUUGACAAAGAAUUCCGUUCAAGGUUAAAUAGUUUUCGGAUCUAAGAAUCUCAAUUUUAAUGAAGCUUAUUUUGGAAAUCAUUAAUGUCGCAUUAAAGGGCCUCAAAAAUAAAUCGUUUUUCUAUCACGAAGUUUUGUUGUAUCUCAAAUACUUCUUGAGUUAUUUGCCUUUCAUUGUUUGGUCCUUCGAGCCGAUUGGCACCUUUAAACCCAAAUAUCUCUGUAAUGAAAGGAGAUAACUAUAACGUGUUUGGGCUCGUUUUAAUUGGCAGAAAAAACCCUUUUAAUGAAAUGUGAUUUAAAAAAAAUAUAUAUGUUUGUGCAAUAGUACCAUAUCAUUAAAAAUGUUUUUUUUUAGUAAUUAUUGUGUUAAAAUGUGUCCUUGAAGUAAUUUAAAACGUGAAACGAAUGUCAAAAUAAAUUUAAACAAAAAAAAAAGGGAAAACAAUUUAUUGUAUUUUUAAAAGUUUAUUUUUUUAACAGUAGGUAGAUGUCACCGCUGUAGUCGUCGUUUUAGUGAAUAAAGAUGUGGAAAAGAAAUAAAACGACUUGUUCUUUUGGAAAAUGUCUGUUUCUUUAAUAGUUUAGGAGAUAUUUGCAAAAAACGUUUUUUAACAUGGUCCUUCGAGCCGGAUUUUAUGGGUUAUUUGUCAAAAAUGAAGAUUUUAGGUUUAUUUUGUUCA